GUCGGAUUGUCGGACAUUAUUGAAAAAGAAGAUGUAAUAAAACGAAGCGUACAAAUUACGGCUAAUGCAGAGCUUAUUUUGCAAAUGUUAUUGGCAAUAUUUAUUUUGUGUGUGGUUUGGUUUGUUGUAAAAAAGUGAAAGUAUUUGCAUACGCGUGGCGUGAAAAAGUCUCGAAGAGUGAGUGGGUCACCAACACUAUAGAAGGAGAAGAAGAAGAAGCAGACAAGCAAGGGAACGAAAAAAGAUUUUCGUAUUGUAAAAGUGCAUUAAAAAGUGAAAUCUACUGCUAAUAAAGUCAAUUCCGUUUACUAAAACAUCAACAAAUUCUCAGUGCAAUUACUUUAUGUGACAAAACAAAGCGCGUUAAUUCGGAAAUGGGCACAAAAGAGCAACAACAAAACGAUGGCGACGCCGCAGUGCCUGUGCCAGCAGCGGGCGCCACCCACAGAAAUGCCACAACAACAACAUUAGCAACAACACCAACGCAAAAAAUAGUGGAGGAGGAGCAGCAGCAAUCGAAUACAAGUACAGCUGAACAACAACAACAACAAGAACAAACGGAUCAAAAGUCGAAGACGCUGUCAUCACAGCCCACGCAUGUUGUGACCAUUGCAGCAACAACGGCAACGCCAACGCCAACAACGCCUCAAGUGCUAAUCAUUCCUGCAACCCAAGCCUCCACUCUGGCUACAAAUGCCGCCAAGAAGAUACGGCGCGCCUUCUCCAUGCCACGCAAUCCGUUUGGUUGGUCUCGCAAACUGAAGACGGCCAUGUCGAGCAAAGAAGGUAGUGGCGGUAGUGGUGGUGGCGGAAGCAGUACUGCCAUAUCGUCCUGUGUGAGUGGGGCGAGGGGACGUAGCGGCAGCAUAAUAUCAUUAAACAGCUACGAUGAUGCGAUUAUGUGCAAGGACACCAAUGGCAAUCGCUCCACACAGGCUGUCAACAAUACAAGUAUGAGCAACAACAUUCGCAAUAGUACUAGCAACAACAACAACAAUAGCAGCAGUAACAACAACAAGCGUGCUGCCGGCAAUCAUGCACGUGUGUUGCGUCGCUCGUCCUUCAGGAAAUUUCUCAAUCGCAUUGCGCAGCAUUUGAGUGCAACAGUAAAUGUUGGCCCUUCUAAACCGAACUCAACAGGCGGCACAGCGUUCAUAGAAAUCGUGCCUUUUUACACCGGAUGUUGGCGUAGAAAAGAGGCGAACAAACACGGUCAGGCUGCCAUGACGACAGCGGGAGCCGAACGAGUGCCACCCAUUGGUGGGUAUCAGUGGCCCCCCGAUCAGACACCUGGUGUCAUGGGGCUAAAGAACCACGGCAAUACUUGCUUCAUGAAUGCGGUGCUCCAGUGUCUCAGUCACACGGACAUACUGGCCGAGUAUUUUGUGUUGGAUCAAUACAAGGCUGACUUGAAGCGUCGGAACAAAAUCAAUUCACGUAAAUUCGGAACCAAGGGCGAGUUGACCGAGCAGCUGGCUAACGUCCUGAAGGCGCUGUGGACCUGUAAAAACGAGAGCGAUCACAGCACUAGCUUUAAGGCUGUCGUCGACCGAUACGGCACACAAUUCCGCAGCUCCACGCAGCACGAUGCCCAGGAGUUUCUCUUCUGGCUGUUGGACAAGGUGCACGAGGAUCUAAACACGGCGAGUAAGCGACGCUACAAGAGCAUUAAGAACUCCUAUGGCCGCUCCGAUGAGAUAAUUGCCGCCGAGACGCUGGCCAAUCACAUACGGUGCAACAACUCAUUUGUACAGGCCGUGUUCCAGGCACAAUUUCGCUCCUCACUCACCUGUCCGCGCUGCAAGAAGCAGUCGAACACCUUCGAUCCUUUCCACUGCAUUUCUGUGCAGCUGCCGCAGCUAUCGCAACAAACGAUCUUUGUGACUGUCGUCUAUGCGGCCAGCCGCUCGUCGCAAAAGCCGCGCCAGCUAAAAAUGGGUCUGCGUGUUCCCGCCGGCUCUCCUAUUGUUGCCCUGCGGGAACAACUGCAAACGGACACGGGCAUUGCUGCUGGUCGCAUGGUGCUGGUCGAUUUGAAUGCCGAAGGUUUCACUCGCGUGUUCUACGAUUCACAACCGGUGGAGACGUUGAGCAGCAUUGAGAAUAUUUACUGUAUUGAGGUGCCAGAGCCAAGCAAAGGCACGGAAGCCAACACUAAAACGAUGUCCAUCCCGCCAAAGGCUACGCCACUGACAUCAAAAGAAGGGACUGAGAAGUCUGUAGCACCGCCCACGACCAUACCAGCUCCGGCUCCGGCUCAUUCAGCAGAUCUUUUGCUGCUGGUGGCCAAUGUGCAUAGACAUAAAAAGAGUGUGGAAGAUAUUGGCAAAGAUACUCCCAAAACAAUGCCCGAAAGUUGCGAACGUUUUGGUGCACCAUUCAGCAUGAAGGCGCCCCGGGAUUGCUCAUACACGGACCUGCAGAAACGGAUGCUGCGCGAAAUGUCUGCGCUGCUGAAGCCGGAGGUGUUUGCCUAUACGACACCACUAACGGACAUGUUCAAGAUUCGCCUGCAGGAUCCAUCUGCCGAUCCGGACACGUAUUUGGAGCAAGUCGAGCAUCCACUACUCACCGAAAUGAUUGACAUGGCCCUGUCCGUGCUCUCAACGGAGGCUGGGCCGCAGCACAUUAAAGUGCUGCUGGAAUGGAGCAUGCCCGAGGCCUACUUUGCAGACAUGCAGCAGCUGGAGGAUGUUGUUGUGGAGCACGAGAGUGUGGCCCGCUUAAAUGCCAGUAAAUUCAACAACAGCGCCGCUUUAACGCUGGAACAAUGUUUGGAACAUUAUACAAAGGCCGAAACGCUCAGUGCUGAGGAUGCGUGGCGUUGUCCGCAUUGCCAACAGUAUUUGCCGGUGGUGAAGACGCUCGGACUGUGGUCUUUGCCUGACAUAUUGGUUGUGCACUUCAAGCGUUUCCGCCAGCAUCAGGUGAAGGGUCCUCAGGCGGCCAAGCUGACAACGAUGGUGAAAUUUCCUUUGAACGCCUUUGAUAUGUCGCCUCAUUUGGCGCGCGGCGUCAAUGAAAGCAACAGCUCAAUGGCGCUAGAUCCGUUGUCAGCUUCAUCAAACUAUCGCGCCAAUCCCUGGAAGAAGACGCGAUCUAACGACUCACGCUCCUCUACUCUUAACUCGCGGGGCGAGCAGAAGGACACCCGCUACGACUUGUAUGCCGUUUGCUAUCAUCAAGGAGACACCCUAGAGACCGGACAUUAUACGGCAGCCUGCAAGAAUCCCUACGAUCGCCAAUGGUACAAAUUCGAUGAUCAACGCGUCAGCAAAGUUCCCGAGGAUGCCAUCGAGGAGGAGAUCAUCAACAAUGAGGCCUACAUGCUGUUCUAUCAGCGACGUAGCGUCGAUGCAGGUGAAUGCUCAGGCUCCAGUUCCAACUCUGGUGAUCAUUGGGUUUCGCGCAUCGCACCAACACCCGCGAGCAAGGACAAUAAGGACGUGAUUAAGCUAGAGGCGACCAACGGCAAUAGCGAAUCGGUUGAGCCAGUCGCAUUGCUACCCGAGAAGGCUCAAUCAAAGCCAGUGGCGAUUCCCAAAGUUGGUUGUGAGAUCGAUGAAGUUACAAAUGCUGUUGAAGCUGCAGUUAUGGAAAUACCUGAGCCGCCGGCCACCAAGACUCAUGAGCUGCUCAACAUUGAGGAAAUAGCAUUUGCAGAUGCCGAUGGUGAUGCUAGCGAGCGUGAUGGCCACGAGGAUGUGAAAAUCAAAGCAGAGAUUAGCGCGGAAACAGCAUUGCCGGAGAACACUGCCGUUGUAGCUGCUAUCGAUGAUUGUGCCCAAAUAUUUGCCAUGGACGAGGACUGCACAGAGAUCAAUGAACUGCCACUGACUGCGAACGAGCGCAGCUCACCAACAAAGCUGAUAGUGGAGCCCAAUACUCAGAGCGUUAGUGAUCCAGUGAUCGAGAGCCUUACCAAUGGACAUGCCGCUUCGCCCACGCUUUCAGCCUCCACAUCGUCAUCGUCCAGCACGUCGUUGUCCUCGCGCUCCUCACCGCGUUCAUUGAGCACCUCAGUGCAUGCUGCCUCAACGUUGCAAACGAAAUUCAAUGGUCAUAUGAGUUCGGCAUCAGUUGCUGCUUCUGUAAUGCUCAACGGCAAUGGCAACAACAGUUCGCAUGCCAAUGCCGCCACACAGCAGCUGUCGUCCAGUUUAAAAAGUUAUUGUGGCGGGGCCGGCGGCCACGAAUUACAAUUGUCACGCCAUGCGCUGCACAACCACAACCAUUGCAAUCACAACUAUAAUAACUGGCAUGGAUCACGUUCCAGUGUAUCGGCUGUGGAGAACUCCACGGCACACACUCAACAUCAGGCCACAGCGGCCAGUCUUAGCUUGCGGCAUUCCUUCUCCACCAGCUCAAAUUACAAAUUGCGCGAAUGCAGCGAGACAUUGUGCUCGCUUCUCCGAAACUCGGCCAACACAUGCAGCAAAGAUACGCUGCUCUUUAUUGACCAACAAAGCCAUCAUCAUCGUGGUGCGGCGGGUUUAUUGGAGGACGAUGAUGACACAUAUAUGGGCCGUUCUUUAUGGAUAUCGCCCGUAACGCCUCACAAACUCAUAACUGUUUCACCGAAGAAUUAGAUUUCGACAACGUUACGAUAUUUUAGCUUCUAGGCAGACACAACUGGGCCCCCUAUGGAUGGGGGCUGUGCAUAUGUCUGAUAUAUGAAAAAAUGCGCAUGUGUGAAUUGCAGAGCAUAGACACAAAACGCACUAUAGUCAUAAGUGAAAAGUUUACUUUAUAUAUACAUAUAUAUAUAUAUAUAUAUAUGUGUACAAUUUCUUAUAUAUACAUACAUAUAUAUAUAUAUAUAAUCUGUACCGAUGUUGAUUAUGAUGAAGAUGGUGAUGUUAUACAGCAACGUUUACUUUAAAGUGUCAGUUCAGUUUCUAAAAGCGCGUCUUAUGCAAAUUGUGCAUAUUUGCGAAACUACACAAACAUUUAUAAACAGAUAUACAAUUAAUAAUUUGUAUAUACUUACAUACAUACCUUUAAGUAUAAACAUAUAUGCUAGUGGCAAUAUUGCAUUAAGUUCAAAGUUGAUAAAUGUUUCAAAUUCGUAUUUAAGUCUAUUUAUUGAUGCCAACUGAUGGCGUCUUGCCAUCCGUUGGUCCAUCUAACAAUUAAUACUACGAAUGUGCACAACUAAGAAUGGUGCUCCAAAAGAAGAGCCAACGAUUUAAACGAUUGACAUUACAUUAUUUUUACAAAUACCUACGUAUUUAUUUAUUCAGUAGAGAGUACAAGAUGAUUAAAUUUGAUUUUUCAAACAAAAUGAUAUAUAGAUAUGUAUACAAAAAUACCUAUAGUUGUAUUUUUUAACGCAAAAGUGCAAGGCAUAUGUUUGGGUUUAAACACGAAACCAAGUUUCUAACUACACAAUACUAUAAAUGUAUUUUCAUUUCAACUAAAAUUUAUAUCCGAGCAUUGCCCAUUUUUAAAACUUUUACAUUUACACAAACACACACACACACAACUCCCUCCCAAUUAACUUUGUUCAUAAAUAUUCAAAGAGUUGUAUCCAGCCAAGUAAAAGGUGGUAAGUUUUAAAAUACAAUGUGUAAAUUAUAUAUAAAAAAGCAUUAAACCAAACCAUAUUGAUAAAAAAAUGUUUAAAGACUCUUGAAACAUUGUUUACAUAAAGUACAUGUACUUUAUAUAUACAUACAUAUAUAUACUAUACAUACACACACAUAAAUACGUAUAACUAUGUAAAAAUCAUCGA